AUGAUGAUAUCUAAUCCAGAUUUCAUCUCCUCAAUUGUUGAUUCAUAAGGGGGUCAAGGGCCAAGAUCUAUUUCAGGUGUAGUUGGAAAACCUAAAUCAGGAGGUCCCUUAAAUUUGAACCUUUCUUAUAAUGAAUAAUCAAGCCAGUUGAAAUCUUAGAGCUAUGCUGGAAAAUUGGGGAAAGCAACUUCACAUAUCUAAAAAGAUUUCAAGGCUGCUUAUAACAAGCUACAAGACAAAAUUCUUAAAUCCGAGAUAAAUGGUGAUUCCAGAGAUGAAAUAAUUAGACAUCUGCUACCAGAGGAAAAGGUAGAGGAGUAUAUUAAGCUACAUCAAAUUCAAGCCUCAAAAGAGGAUGAUGAUUUAAAGGAUUGCACAUUUACCCCAGUAAUGUAUACGGCAUCAAAAGAUAAGAAAUUAAGAUCAAAAUAAGAGUUUCUAGAUUCUUAAUCUAAGUUUAUUAAGGACAAAGAGGAAAAACUUAAAAAGGCAAAGCAAGAAGUGAUAGAGAAGGAAGCAGGUCCUAAGAAGUAAAAGUAAACUUUUAAUGAGCAUGAGUGGCUAGAAAGAUUUACUAAAAAGGAAGAAAAGAAAAAGACCUAUGAUGACCCAAAUAACACAUUCAGGCCUCAAAUAUCAAAGAAAGCAUAGUAAAUGCUUUCUAACAAAAAUAGAAAUGCUUUUGACGAACUAACUCUAGAUUCAAAGAAAAGACUAGAAAAAGACAAAUUACUAGCUUAAUAAGUUUAGAAAACCGAGAAUAUUAAGGCUUAAGAAGGUUCAGUAAUAAUGCUAUUCAAAACAUUUGAGAAAUAAUUCAAUAAGGUUUAUGCAGAGAUAAUUAGUGUGAGCUAGGUUGUUUUAGAUACCAGAUUCUCAGCCGAUAAAAGUCAAGUCAAAUAUGAAUAAGAUCCUAGUGAAUGGAGAAAAUUAGAAGAUGAUUAUGAACUUUAACUACUGUUAAGCAGAUUAGGCUAUACAGAUUAAGAAAUACAAAAGGAGCAGAGAGCUGUUGGAGAUGUUGCAAAAGUUUUGAAAUAUAAACUUACUAGAAGAAAUACACUUACAUUUCUAGCUUGUGUGCAAAAACUUUAUCAGCCAUGGAUGAGAUAUGCUGAAGAAACUCAAGGCAACACUGAGACGUCAGGUUCAGAUUCUAUUGGGAAGAUAAAUGAAAACGAUGAAUUUCAGUUAAGCGAAGAGGAGAUGCAAAGAUUAUCCAAUAAAUUUUCAGGAAUAAGAAAGCAUAGAUUGGAAUUCCUUAAGUUGGAGCAGUAGUAAAAAAUAAAAACAUAUUAACCUGAAUAGGAGCCUAGCUAUAAGCCAGUUAUUAACAAGAAAUCUGAAAAAAUGGUGUAAAAAAUGAUAUUUAAUCCAAAUAUGUCACUGAAUAUAGAUGAAUAAAAAUCUAAGACCAAAAAUGAUAGAGUAUCAGUACUGUUACAGAAAGGAAAAGAGUACGAACUAAAAAAGAAAUAGUUGUAUGAUGAGAAAUAACAAAAAGGCAACGAUGAGUAAUGUACAUUCAAGCCACAAAUAAAACCGAAAUUCCCAUUAAAAGAUGGUGAGAAAUCUCCAGAUAGAAAAGAACCUCAAAAAGUAUUUGAAGAACUAUACAAGGUUAAAUAAAAAGGACAAGAUGUUAAAUCUGAGGAUGUGGAGUUCGAAAAAAAUAAGAAAGAGUUGACUUUUAAACCUAAUAUUUAAUCAUCUAUGCAAAGAGCUAGCUAAUAUACUGCAAUGAGUAAAUAAUAUAGAGAGAAUCAAUCUGAAGAGAGAUCAAAGGAAAAUAGUAAAGUUUUAAAAAGCAAUAAUAGCAGCAAGAAGCAGCCUAUUGCUUAACCAUUGACAGCUAGAUAAUCUCGUUUAAUCCCUUCAUCUAAACUUGAACUCAUGAAGAUUGAUAAGAGAAACAGCCUAACAAGAAACUCAGACAGUGUUAACAGAUCUUUAAUAUCAGCAUCAAAUAAUUCUCCUAGCAAGCUUGAUUAUCCUCAAAACUAAUAGAAAUAUAGUCUAACAGCAAAUAGCAAAAAGACUAACUUUGUACAAGUUAACUUGAAUACUAAAUCCUUGAUUGCUAGUAGUAAUGAAGAGUCUAAGACUUAACAGCAUACAUUCUCAAAACAUGAAGUAAUAUAGGAAUAAGUUUCAGUGUAGAAAAAGUAAGUUAGGAUACAAGAGGAAGUGGAAAUAAAAGAUUAAUCUAACUAUACCUCUACAGCAAAGGUAAAUAAAAUAUAAGUUAGCCUAGAUAAUGAAGCAAAAAGUAAUACUUUGAAAAAUUUGAAUACAAAAAAAAAGUUAGAGAAUAGUUUAUCUAAAUGA